AGGCGUGAAGACCCUCCCACCGGCACUGCGAGACGAGAGCGGGUCGUCCGACUGCUGUCGGGGAUUGCCUGCCUGCCACUCCUCCUCCUCCCUCACUCUCUACUUAACUUCGCCGUGGAGAGAACCAGGGACGUGGAAACUACACCUUCAGUGUGUCAAGUGGACGUCUUCGAAGACUCGCUCCAAUUCCAUACCUGGCUGCCUAACCCAGGCAUGGCAGAGGGCUGCUUUCCGUCAUGGCAGUGCGACAUUACACCCUCGACUUCAAACUCUCUACGCCAGCUGACAUUCCUGCGACUGUGCGUGGUCUUCAGCCUAUAUUUCAAGAGCAGGAAAUGACAGAGACCAGCCACGACACAGAGGGCCAUGGAUUCCUGGCCACCUUUAUCGGCAAGAACGGCAGGUUUGCCGUUCUUCGAGUGCACUCCCACGGUCUGGUGACCUUUGACCUGCAGUGUUGUGAAGGAGAUGACGCAGCUCAAGUGGACAGUCUGCUGAAUGCACUAGAAAAGAAAAUGAAGACCCUCUUCCAUGGGAACAUAACGCGGAGCAAGAGGCUCCCAGCACUGAGGCGGGGGGAUAAGGUGGACUGCUACUGGCCGACUGCAGAUGGGCGUCUGGUGGAGUAUGACAUCGAUGAGGUCGUGUACGAGGAGGAUUCGGCGUACCAGAACAUCAAAAUCCUACACUCGAGGCAGUUUGGCAACAUCCUCAUCCUCAAUGGAGACGUCAACCUGGCGGAGAGUGACCUGCCGUACACGCAGGCGAUCAUGGGCAGUGGGAAGGAGAGCUACGCGGGGAAGGAGGUGCUGAUCCUGGGCGGAGGCGACGGGGGCAUCCUCUGUGAGGUGGUCAAGCUCAAACCAAAGAUGAUCACCAUGGUGGAGAUCGACCAGUUGGUGAUUGAUGGCUGUCGGAAGCACAUGCGGAAGACGUGUGGAAAUGUCUUGGAUAACCUGAAAGGAGACUGUUACGAGGUGCUGGUGGAAGAUUGCGUACCUGUGCUGAAGAAGUUUGCGCAGGAAGGCAGGACGUUUGACUACGUCAUCAACGACUUGACUGCGGUUCCGAUCUCCACGGCACCAGAGGAGGACUCUACCUGGGAGUUCCUGAGGCUAAUCCUCGACCUGUCCAUCAAGGUGCUGCGGUCCACAGGGAAAUACUUCACACAGGGUAACUGUGCGAACCUGACUGAGGCUCUGAGCCAAUACGAGGAGCUGCUGGGUAGGCUGUCGUGCCCUGUGGACUUCUCCAAAGAGCUGGUGUGUGUGCCCUCCUACAUGGAGCUGUGGGUUUUCUACACCAUCUGGAAGAAGUAAAUCUGCACCCCCCUUCUCCCUCCCUUUUCCAGUCCUGCUUCUCUCUCCUUUCCCUCCUGUUUUUCUCGCCCCUUCGUGACCCCGCGACCUUGAUCCUCUCGGCGGAGCCCCAGAGCGUUGGGAGGGGACGGCCGUGGAAGUCUCCGGAAGCACUGAGAGAAGCUGGCACGUCUCUGCACGCACUCUUUAAGGCUCUCACUUUGUUCGCUCUCCCUCCAUGUCCAACAGGACCCAACCCCAAACCUGCCGCACGUGCUUGUUUGUCUGUUUGUUUGUUUGUUGGUUGGUUUUGUUGGUUUGUUGUUUGUAGCCGUGGUUUUUAUUAUUAUUAUUAUUAUUAUUAUUAUUAUGUGUAUUGAUAUUACUAUUAUUUUUCCUAUUUUGUGUUUUUGAAAUCACACAGAUUGUAUUUUUGUUUGUUUAGUUGGGUUUGACUAUUUUUUCCCUCCCUUUUUUGGUGUUGGAGAUAUGGAGUGAGUGUGUGAUAGAGUGAGUGAAUGCGUGAGUGAGUAAGAGUGGGUGAUUGUGUGUGUGUGCGUGUGUGUGUGUGUGUGUGUGUGUGUGUGGUGGGGUGGGAUGUGGUGCUGAGUACACUGAAGCCUUGGGAGUGAUGGUGACGUGGGUGUUGCACUCUAGUCUGGUCCGUCACCUGCCUCUGGAUGAAACCGCAGAGAAGAUCAGUAGCGAGGUUGAGGGGUUUUAUUGCUGCUGUGUUGGACAGGCUGCAGCUGGACCCUGAAGCAGAUCUGGCCCUAACCUAGCCUGUUUCUGGCCCUAAUCUGGCCUGGUUCUGGCCCGGAUCUAUCUUAGUUCUAGCCCUGGUCUAAUAUAAACGUGGGCCAUUUGUGGGUGUAGGUUAGACUAGGGCAGGAUCUGCCCUGGUGCCAGCUGCGGUCUGGGGAAUGGGAUAUGACUCAUGGUGCUUCAUAGUUUGUAUGAUGGCAGUGUUGCAUUCUGGGAAUAGGCAGUGUUGCAUUCUGGGAAAGCCAGGACCUUGGGCCUCUAAGGCACCUGCCCUCCGGAAUCUGAAGUGUCCAAAAAUGGUUUAAAAGGGAAAUGGGCACUAUGGUUUCUCUCCUAUUGUUUUUGUUUUUAUUUUUCUCCUUUUUUUGCAUAACUGUGAAGAAUGUUUUACCUUUUUAAAUGAUUUGCGCCUUCUUAGUUGGUUUCCCUGCUUGACAUUGUUUUUACUCUUAUUUUCCUGUUUUAAAUUUGGCGCAUGUUUUUGAGGAAAGGAUUUUACUGAAUGUAGCUUGCAAAUACACACACAUUCAUGCCUUUGUAUUUCUACACAGUGCUUUGAUGACUAUUUAUUUUGACUGAUUCUCACCAAAUAUUGUUUCCUCCUGAACAGUGGAACCCCUGUGUGAAGCCCUGGUAUUAAAGUCCUCUUGGAGAGA